GAAGCAGAAGUGUGUGCAAAGCAGCUUGGGGCUGAGGAGCUGAUGGUUCACAGCACUUCCUGUUCCUGGAGCCGCGUGUGCUCAGCUGCGCACCAGGUUGCUCCUGCCUGUGCUCUACAGCACAGAGGGCCAGGAGAUCAAGGCACAUACCCAGAAACAGAGUGAUGGAGAGGCAUUGAAUGGACUAACAGUAGACUUCAGGAGAGAUACAUGGCCAGCUCCCAAGAGAAGCAGAAACAACUUAGUGCCGGUUGCUCCACUGCUGAUCUCCGACUUCCCUUUUCUCAUCAGUGCAAAGAGACUUUUCCUCUGUAUUUUUUGAGUUGCUUUGGUGAUAGCCACUUGACCUCCCCUUCUUUUUUCCCUUCACAAUGGUGAGGUGGUUUCAUCGUGACCUGAGUGGGCUGGAAGCUGAAGCCUUACUGAAGGGACGAGGUGUCCAUGGAAGCUUUCUAGCCAGACCCAGUCGAAAGAAUCAAGGAGAUUUUUCCCUUUCUGUUAGGGUCGGUGAUCAGGUAACCCACAUCCGUAUCCAGAAUACUGGGGAUUUCUAUGACCUAUAUGGAGGUGAGAAGUUUGCCACACUUUCAGAACUGGUGGAGUACUACACGCAGCAGCAGGGCUCACUGCAAGACAAAGAUGGAACCAUCAUUGACUUGCGAUAUCCGCUCAACUGUUCUGAUCCCACUACAGAGAGGUGGUACCAUGGGCAUCUGUCAGGUGCUGCAGCUGAAUCACUUCUCCAGGCCAAGGCCACCCCAUGGACCUUCUUGGUGCGGGAAAGCCUCAGCAAACCUGGGGAUUUUGUCUUGUCUGUCCUGACUGACCAACCUAAACCUGGAUCUGAUGCUCCACCAGCUGGAGCAACCAGUGCCUCUGGGGCCCGUCUCAAAGUCACCCACAUCAAAAUCAUGUGUGAGAAUGGACGUUAUACAGUUGGAGGUACUGAAAAGUUUGACAGCUUGGCAGAUCUUGUGGAGCAUUUCAAGAAGACUGGGAUUGAAGAGGUGUCUGGCUCUUUUGUAUACCUGAAGCAGCCCUACUAUGCUACAAGGGUGAAUGCUGCUGACAUUGAGAAUAGAGUGCAUGAGCUGAACAAGAAGAGUUUAUCUGAGGAAACACCAAAGGCUGGAUUCUGGGAGGAAUUUGAUAGCCUGCAAAAACAGGAAGCCAAACAACUAUUUGACCGUCAUGAGGGCCAGAGACCUGAAAACAAGAGCAAGAAUCGAUACAAGAACAUCUUGCCUUUUGAUCACUCUAGAGUCAUCCUUCAAGGAAGGGACCCAAAUAUCCCUGGAUCUGACUAUAUCAAUGCCAACUAUAUAAAGAACAAUCUAAUCAGUCCAGAUGAGUGCCCCAAGACCUACAUUGCCAGCCAGGGUUGUCUGGAUACCACUGUCAAUGACUUCUGGCAAAUGGUGUGGCAGGAGAACACACAUAUUAUUGUUAUGACCACACGGGAAGUAGAAAAAGGACGGGUAAGAAGAUGUCUUGAAACUGCCCUUUUUUCCCCUUCAGUCAUAGCUGUUUUCUUUCUCUCUCCUGCCUUCUGCCUAUCUCCACUUUACCUCUUGUCCACGCAGAAUAAAUGUGUGCCCUACUGGCCAGAGGCAGGCAGCACAAAAGAAUAUGGUCCCUACCUUGUGGAGAAUGUUGGGGAGCACGACGCAUUGGAAUACAAACUCCGGCAUCUCUGUGUGUGUCCAAUAAAUGAUAGUGAGGCUGUACGUGAGAUCUGGCAGUACCAAUACCUGAGCUGGCCUGACCAUGGUGUCCCCAGUGAGCCAGGAGGAGUGCUGAGUUUCCUCGAUCAAAUAAACCAGAAGCAGGAGAGCAUUCCAGAUGCGGGGCCUAUUCUGGUGCAUUGCAGUGCUGGGAUUGGCCGCACUGGGACUAUCAUCGUCAUUGAUAUGAUAGUGGAAACAAUCUCCACCAAGGGGCUAGACUGUGACAUUGACAUCCAGAAGACCAUCCAGAUGGUGAGGGCCCAACGCUCAGGGAUGGUGCAGACAGAAGCCCAGUACAAGUUCAUCUACAUGGCCAUCUGCCAGUUCAUAGAGACAACAAAGAAAAAGCUGGAGGUUAUCCAGUCUCAGAAAAGCAAGCAAAGUGAGUCAGAGUACGGGAACAUUGCCUACCCACCUGCAGUGAAGAACAUGCAUGCAAAGGUCUCACGAAAAUCCUCCAAGCAGAAAGAGACAAUUUAUGAAAAUUUGGGUAAAAAGGAAGAGAAGGUACGGAAACAGUUGUCCUCGGAGAAGAAACAGAAAAGCUCACUGAAGAAGAAGUAAGCACAGACUGCAGGUAGCCCCAAGGGAGUUUCAACAUGGAGUACAGGAUGGGAGCUCACAUCCAUGCUGGCCAGUCUCACAUUUCUGUCUCUUGGACAGUAGGCCUUCCCCAUUUCUUCCAUGUCAUCUUUCAGAACUCUGAACCAGGCUGCUUUCUAGCUAGCUGACCAACUUCAGUGUCCCUUGCCUGUACAAGCCUGUGACAACUCCCACCGCCCUUCAUCAUUAAUUAACAGGAAAAAUCACACCCCUUCUUUCCCUUGAUCCUUGUGCACUGGCACCCAAACUCACUGCUGCUUCAGCAGUUCCUCUUUUUGAGGAGUUAAGGAAGAGCUUUACAGGAACCACAUCUCUAUCUGUUCCUUUGAGUUUAGCCUGUUUCGCAUUCCCUGAGAAAUACUCUUUUAAAAUCUGGCAUUUCUGGCCUAUUUCAGUUUAGCUCUUCUGUAGUUCAACAGGAAACUUCCCAUUUUCUUUAUCCUGUCCCUCUACACAAUAAUCUUUUCAAUCUUACAACUGAAUGCUGUAAAUAUGCCAGACUUUGGUGUGACAGUCAUUUUAUCUUCUGUUUGUAAAUAAACGUGUACUUGUUUGAAUGCUGA